AAAGUCGUAACGUGAGAGAGGCGGGGUUUGGCGAAAACGAAGCUAUCGAGAACAAAAAGAAAAAAGAGAAACUUUGUAUUUUGACGAUAUUUUAGACUUUAAUACGAUGUAAACGUUCGGAGCCGUAAAACACACCAACAGGUAAUUAAAGCGUUAUGGGGACGAGAUCGAGCCGGUUACAGGAGUCUGUGUGCGGGCCGCUGCAGAAAGACGGCGGCGUGAAGCGAGAGUCUCUCCGGCGGCUCCGCAGCUCCAGGCCCAGCAGCCUCGCGCUCGAUUUCUCCUCCAGCUUCGACCGGGACUCGGAGGCGAACCAGAGCCGCAGUGAAGAAGGCAGCGACUCGGACACCGGCCGUCGCGUCUCCCCGUCGGACGGCGAUAACGGAACCGUCCGCAGUGCGGAGCCGGAAGUCGAUAACGAUGAGGAGACUCCCGGAAGCCCAGAGGGUUUCUCCCCAGAGGAAACAGCGGCGCUCCGGGCCUCAGCUGAGCGACCGGCCGCUACACGGAGACACUCCACCGCCCGGAGCAGCACCGCCAGAUCGGCCAGGGUCCGGACCGUUAGACCGGUUUCAGAAGCGUGGGUCGGACUGUACCGAGUCAGACACAGCACAGUGCGCUGUCCAUUCUGCACCAGGAUGUUUCCCGGAGGUCAUAUUGAGGAGCACCUGCUCACCUGUCUCACCUCUCCACCCCUGCCUUAUAACACUGAUGUUCUGAGUAAAGACAGUGGAGAGUGUUGCAUCUGUCUGGAGGAGUUGCUGCAGGGGGACACCAUCGCUCGCCUCGCCUGUCUCUGUGUCUAUCACAAAAAGUGUAUUGACUCAUGGAGCUCAGUGAAGCCCUGCUGCCCCGAACAUCCUUUUAACUGAUUGUGGUUUUCUGUCUGAUUGCUCAACUCAGGACUCCAUGCUGCUGCUCACUCCGUCAGUGUACUACAGUGCGAGUGGAGGAGGACUGAAACUAUACUUUUUGCCAGCGCAGGACACUUGCUCACUUUGAGAAACUAAAACAAUGAAAUAAUCCAUAAGGAUGAGCUGAACUGAGUCACACUCAGAAAAGAGAAAGGAACAAGCCUCUGGGUGUGUGUGUGUCUGUGUGUGUCUGUGUGUGUAUGUCUGGGUGUGUGUGUGUGUGUUGGUUGGAGAUUUCUUUUAUGAACUAAAGGAGUUUAUUUUAUUAUCUAUAUAAUGCGACUGUGUUGCACUAGAGAUGAAAACAGCCUUUCAUUUUUUAUAAGUGCAGUUUGAACCUUUGGUCUCGUCUUAUUACACAUUUUGGAUGCUUUAGAGUUCAGCUGACUGUGGCAUCAUGUGUAUGGAGUGGUUUUUGUGUCAGGGAAAGAGGAACAGAGACCUCUGAAUAACUCUGAUGUCUUUAUAACACCACUAGGACACAGGAAGUGGACACUCUCCUUCUUCCCUCACAGCCAGGUGUCUCUCACACUGGUGUCCAGUCCAGAGUCAAUAAUCCAACAUGACCAGUUUAAACACACAUUUAUUUCAUACAGAAAUGCUGUUUAUUAUAAUAAUAUCAAUAAUAAUAAUAAUUAAAGCAUUAGUUAAAAUCUCAGUGUUUUACAUUAAAUUACAGUCUGCCUAUUUAUUAUUAUUAUUAUUAUUAUUAUUAUUAUUAUUAUUAUUAUUAUUAUUAUCAGUCUCACUCUGGAUUUUUGCCAAAAUUGUUUUUACUAAACUUUAUUUCUGUAGCUUUUUUGUUGCCAACAUAUUAGUGUGAAUUUCAGCCUUUCAGGUGUGAUGUCAUCAGUACUGUCCAUCAUCAUCAUCAUCAUCAUCAUCACUCUAGCCGAUAUUUCUAAGGGCUAUGAGAUGAAUUUCCUCCUCAGCACACAGGCAGGUUGUGAGAACCAUGGAUUAGUGAUUUAAUAAAAAAAAUGUGAUCGACAGACUGGUGAUGAGGGUAAUGAUGUUAUUUGAGUGAAAUGCUGUUACAUUUUAAACACCUCAUAAAUCUUUUUUUAUAUCUACAAAGUGUAAAAAUUUGAAUUAAAAUAUGAAUUGUCUGAAUAUUUACACACAAACACACCCAGUGUUUAUUUAUUAGUGUAAACAUGUUCAACUGUUUCAUUUUGUAUGUCUGUAAAGAUUAAUGGUUUUGUAUGUAUUUUUACAAUAAAGAUGUUUAAGAUUGGGA